AUGACAUGGCCUACUAGUCUGGGAGGGAGAUUGGAGAACAGAAGGGAGAUUUUGGAAUCAAGGGAUUUUAUGUCGGCAAGUUUUGAUUUGGGUGUUGUGUUUGGGGCUCCGGUGAAGCUCUGUUCUUGUUCUUACAAAUCUUCCUCUGCUCUCUGCAUGCAAAAAUCCCUCUGCUGCGAAAUCCAGCAGAGCAAUCACCUUCCUUUCCCAACGGUUUCGAUGCGUUUGAGGCCUAAAAGGACUUGUUCUGGUGUUGAUUGUUUUGGUGGAUAUCUCAUAAAGCGAUCAUUAAAUCUUUUUGUGUUCUUGAGAGGUCCACUCAACAAUCCUUGA